GCCGAAAAGAGCAGUUUAGUAUAUUACCUAAAGGAGUGUGAACUCAAUAACAAGCUGGAUAUGCCUUUCCAUCGUAUGUUUAAAUAUUAUGGAAGGGCAUUAAAAGAAACCAAUGCUACAACGGCCGAGCAGAUGUGUAAAGUAGCUGAAUAUUGUAUUAUCGAUGCUAUUAGCU